AUGGCGCCCAAACACCCCGACGUCGGCAUCGUCUCCGCUGAUGAUGGAGUCGAUAUCGAGACUGCAUCCUGCAAGGUUGUCUCUGAGGCCACUCUGUCGCCUGCAGAGACUCGCCGUCUAGUGCGGCGCAUUGAUCUAUGCAUUCUCCCCAUCCUCUUCGUUUCCUACAUGCUUCAGUAUCUCGACAAGUCGGCAAUGAGUAACACUGCAAUUCUUGGGCUUCGGACCGAUUUGCAUCUGAGCGGCAGCCAGUACUCAUGGGCAUCCAGCAUAUUCAAUUUUGGAUAUUUGGCCGCCUCGGCUCCGUUCGCGCUGCUCAUGGUGCGGUUUCCCAUCGGGAAAUUCAUGGCUGUCUCUGUUUCGCUGUGGGCCGUCGUUCUUUGCUGCACAGGUGCCACUCAAAACGCUACUAGCCUGAUGGCAACUCGAUUUUUCCUCGGUUUCAUGGAAGCCGCAGUCGCCCCGGGUUUCAGCAUCAUCACUUCAACGUGGUAUACACGUUCUGAACAGCCUAUUCGCCACGGCGUUUGGUUCUUGGGAAACGUCGUGUCGGGCCUUUUUGGUAGUCCUCUGAUGUAUGCGUUUGGGCAUGUCAACAAUUACCCAGCCUGGCGGAUAGUUUUCUUCGUCUUCGGUGGCAUCACACUACUUUGGGGCAUUGCGCUCAUCUUCAUCCUCCCAGACUCCCCUAGUAAAGCACGGUUUCUGACCGACACAGCCAGGGUCCAAGCUGCUGAACGAGUCCAGAAAGACACCUUGAGAGGCAAUGAGGAUAACAAAUGGGACAUGAAGCAGAUGUGGGAAGCCCUACGUGACCCAAAAGCCUGGUUUACCGUGAUAAUCAUGCUGUGCGCAAAUAUCCCCAACGGUGGCAUUGGCAAUUUCGCCGCCAUUGUCAUCGAAGGAUUCGGAUUUACCCGAAACGAGACCUACCUCGUCAACAUGAUCGUCACCGCUUUCCAAGGCGGCUUCAUCGUGGUAUUCACACUCGCCAGCUCUUAUCUCAAAAACAUGCGUACCAUUUCCAUGGCUAUUUCCACUGUCAUUGCUCUCGUGGGCGCCGUGAUGAUACGGCAGAUUCAUAGCUCUAACCUUUGGGCUCGCUACUUUGGAUACUGUCUUUUGUCUGCUUAUACGUCCAAUUUCCCAUUGAUGCUGAGUAUGAAUGCCUCUAAUAUUGCUGGCAAAACAAAGAAAACCACAAUUAACGCUAUGACUUUCAUCGCCUACUGCGCCGGCAAUAUUAUCGGCCCCCAACUGUUCUUUGCAGAUCAAGCGCCCAGCUACCCUUCCGGGUUUGCAUCUAUGCUGGUCUGCUUUGCAGUUGGUAUUGUGGCUAUUCUCUUCUUGCGAUUCUACUUGAUUUGGGAGAAUAAGAGGCGCGAUGCCAGAGAAGGGCCUUUGGAUGUCGACGGUGGAGAUGCUGAGAAUGAACAGACGUUGGAUUUAACGGAUCAGCAGAUCCGUGGGUAUCGAUAUUUGUAUUAA